AUGCCUGAUUAUUUAUCAAGAUCUCCAGUUGAUGACGCUGAAGAAGAUCCUGAUGAAAUUUCAAAUCUUGUUUCAACAUCAACACAAACCGAUUCUUCAUAUAUUAAUAAAAAUGAAUCUAUUAUUACAGCUGUUGAAACUCGUACAAUGAAAUUAAGAAAUAUAAAUGGGGUUGACCAGUCUGGCCGGAUACCCCAUUAA